AGCCUUGUGGUCCAAUGUGUAGGAAGAAAUGCAUGAAAAAAAUAACAGAGGGUCAAAGGAGAUGGACAUUUACAGCAUACUGGAAUAUGUCCUAGAGUGAGAAAAAGAGCUUUAUUUUUCAUAUGGUUUCACAGCGCCAGACCAUGCGCCACACCUCAGCUGUUUCUAGCAGACGAACCAGGUCACUCAUUUACCAUCUGAAUGAUGACCUCGGCCAGCAACAGGAAGUCUGUACAACAACAUUUUUUACAACCUUGGGCUAUCAUCCAAAAAAUGAUAGACUGAUAGUCACUGUCAUUGGAAAUACAAUCUCCUCAAGUCUAACACCACCACAAGAACGCAGAGGAAGGCAUACUCCCAUCAAUAAAAUUGAUAUGGCUCCAAUAUUUGAACGCAUUGAAUCAUUUAAUCCCACUUCCAGCCAUUACAGACAUGAGCAUGCCCCACAUAGGAGAUACCUGCCGAGUGAUGUCAGCAUUCAGUUGAUGUUCAAAGAUUACAAGGAAAAAAGUCUCUCAAAUGUUCCUAUGAAACAUAUAAGGCGGCCGUGAAGGAUAGGAACAUUAGCUUCACUAAGCUGGGUGAAGAAGAGUGUGAAAAUUGCUUGAGGCAAGAUGUCCACGUCAGAGCAGAGCACCAGAAUGAAACCAGCAUUCAGGAAUGUAACCUCUGUAAAAAGUGGGAUGAGCACAAGAGGAGAGCAGAGAGAGAAAGGCAUCACUACAGGUUGGAUGCAGAAAGGGAAGAGCUUGAUGACCUCUCAAUUCACAGUGUUGACCUCCAGAAAGUCAUCAUGCUGCCCCGAAUGCCUGGGGUGAAGACUGCAGUCUUUACCAAACGCAUCUCGGCCUUCCAUGAAACCUUUGCCAGUGUGGGGAAAAAGUCAUCUUCCAAGAAGAAUAGCAUUUCAGUAAUAUGGCACGAAGGCAUUGCUGGAAGGAAGGCAGAAGAGGUGGCAUCAGCUUUUGUCACAGCACUUAAUAAGGAGCAGGAUGUGAAACAUGUCAUUUACUGGGUUGACAAUUGCACCGCACAGAACAAGAACUGGUGCCUCCUUACAACUUUAGUUACUGUGGUAAAUGACCCUAUGACCCCACUUGAGGAUAUAACCUUAAAGUACUUUGAACCAGGACACACCUUCAUGAGUGCAGACAGUUUCCACCAUGGGGUGGAGAAAGAGAUGAGGAAGCGGCCUGGAGGUGCUGUCCUGGAUUUUGAGGAUUUCAAGAGUGUCAUUGCCUCUUCCAACUCUGGGAAAGUCAAAGUGGUGGAGAUCCAGAGUAGAAACAUCUUGGCAUGGAGGGCUGGCCACUCACUGGCUAAGCUAAAGAAAGCUCCAAAUCUGUCUAACAUGACUGUUAUUCAGCUGAGGAGGGGAUCAAGAGAGUUUUUCAAACUCAAUUGGACUUCCUCAUGAAGAAGGUGACUCUGGAGUAUCUAAAACAACUGCGACCUGGAGACAAGGGGAUAGAGAGGGAGAAGUCGUCAGACAUCAAUUCCAAACUCUGCCCAAUGAUGCCCCUCAACCGCCGUCAGUUUUGGGAGAACCUGGCUGAGGAGGAGUGAAGAUUUGGGAGAACUGAACAAACCACACUUUUGCACUCUCACAUGCAGACACUCACACACACACAAACAAACACAAGCUUGCACACACAACCACUCACACAAGUGAACGCUCACUCACAUGUAUACCUACAUUACCUAGUAGUUGUUCUGUUGUUUUUGUUUAUGAAUGGUUAAAACCAAUGUUCUUAAAACACAUGAUUUUAAAGCAUUCUUGGUCUGCAGAAACUGACAUAACUCUGCCCAUUGAAUCCAUCGUUAGUUUGGGAGAACCUGGCCAAGGAGGAAUUAAAAAACUGCCUUUGGGACAAACACACACACACUUGUGUUGUUGUUAUUUUGUUUAAAUUGUGUUACUUUGUAACUGUUUUUAAAGCAACCUUGGUCUGUAAUGAAUUACUCUGUAAAUAAAAUGAGAAAAACACUCUUUGUGGUGAAAGGAG